CAACCGCAAAUAUUAUCUCCUCUUUCCCAAAAUAUCAUCCCAUUAGCAUCUCAUUUUUCUUCUUUUCUUGUAUUACCAUACAAAUUUUAGAAGCUGUUCUUUGGUUUUACCAAACCAAAUUUCAAAUACCAUUGAUACACAAAGAUAAGAAGAUAACGAGGUUUUCGAUCAAAUUAAGCAUAUAAAGAGGGUAGGAGGUGUUUAUAAGACAGUUAAGUUCCUCUCUUUUAAACAUAAAGAGAGGGACCAUAUGAAUUCAUUGAUAUAAUCUGUUUGCUGUUCCUCUUCAAGUGCAUUGAAAAAUGAGCUCAGUAUAUGGGGAAGAGGCAUCUCAAUAUGGUGAUGAUCAAGGAUCAGGUGCACAUGAAGAGAAGAUCUUUGUUGCUGUUAGAUUAAGGCCUUUAAAUGAGAGGGAAAUUGCGAAUAACGAUGUCUCGGAUUGGGAAUGCAUCAAUAACACCACAAUUCUGUAUAAAAAUGCUCUAUCUGAACGUUCAUUGUUUCCAACUGCUUGUGCGUAUGACAGAGUAUUUAGUUCAGAAUGCUCCACAAGGCAAGUGUAUGAGGAGGCAGCCAAAGGAGUUGCUCUAUCAGUACUUAGUGGUUUUAAUUCAAGUAUUUUCGCGUAUGGGCAGACAAGUAGUGGAAAAACAUAUACUAUGUCUGGGAUCACUGAAUACACAUUAGCUGAUAUAUAUGAUCAUAUAAGCAAGAAUGAUGACCGAGAAUUUACACUUAAAUUCUCUGCAAUGGAGAUAUACAAUGAAGUUGUUAGAGACCUUCUAACCCCAGAUGAUACUCCACUUAGACUCCUCGAUGAUCCAGAGAGAGGGACUGUAGUUGAAAAACUUACAGAGGUAACAUUGAAGGACUGGAACCAUCUAAAGGAACUGUUGUCGGUAUGUGAAGCUCAAAGGAAAAUAGGAGAAACUGCUCUAAAUGAAAUGAGCUCAAGAUCUCACCAGAUUCUGCGUUAUACAGUUGAAAGUACCGCUAAGAAAUUUGUUGGCUUUCAAAAUUCAAGUACUCUGACUGCUGCUGUGAAUUUUGUUGAUCUUGCUGGAAGUGAGCGUGCUUCUCAAACCUUAUCGGCAAAUGUCAGAUUGAAAGAAGGCAGCCACAUCAAUCGCAGUUUGCUAACUCUUGGAACUGUUAUUCGAAAAUUAAGCAAAAAAGGAAAUGGACACAUACCUUUCAGAGACUCGAAGCUGACACGUAUACUACAGAAUUCCUUGGGAGGCAAUGCCAGAACUGCCAUCAUUUGCACCAUGAGUCCUGCACAUAGCCACGUUGAGCAAUCGAGGAACACUUUACUGUUUGCAACUUGUGCCAAGAAUGUCAUUACUAAUGCUAAAGUCAAUGUAGUAAUGUCAGAGAAGGCACUAGUGAAACAAUUACGAAAAGAACUAGCUAGAUUGGAGGCUGAGCUGAGGAAUUUAUCGGCGCUUGCUGCCUCAGGUGGAUCUGCAGACGCACUGAAAGAAAAGGAAGCUCUGAUAGAAAAGAUGAGCAGAGAAAUAAGGGAGUUAACCGAGCAGCGCGAUCUUGCUCAAUCUCGUGUUAACAAUAUGACAAGUUCAGGGUCAUGGACUGAACUGAGUAGUGUGUCAUCUCCGGAUAAAGUCCAGUGGAUGGAUGACUAUGCAGCAUCAGAAGUAUCGGAAUGUGUAUAUCCUUUUCGUCCUGACGGAUACGAAGGCCUUAAUAAUUCUAACAAGCUAAGCGAACAGAUUCCUGACCCUCCAGAAGAUCAGUUUCUCUGCGAUGACACCUCACCGAGGCUGUUUAUUGAGAAGUAUUUUGGACCAGAUCCAUGUAAAGGAUGGGAAAACAUUGCUCAAAGAACUGUUCCAAAUUUGGAAGAUAACUGCAAGGAAGUUCAAUGUGUUGAAGUGGAUUCUAACGCGAACAAUACAAGCUCUGAUAAACAUUCAUCACCUCGAAAGGGAGAUCAGGAAUCAGGUUCCAUUGACAUAGACCACAAUCUAGCCGGUGAACAAUCUUCUUCUUCCGACACAGAUUCUUCUGACUCAAAUAACUUACCUAGGAGCAGAAGCAGUGAAGCAAUAAUCGUUAACGUUCCAGUAGUAAAAGGGUCUGAAAUAGCAAAAGAAAAUGGGGGUAUAUUAAGCGAGUCUGAGAAAGAGUUAUGUACAAUAAAGAAUGAUCUUGAGGAGAAGCCUUCUCAGCCGGAGGUUGCUGCUGAUAGUGUUAAGGUGUUAUCAAAAGAACAAAACCAUUGUUUUACGAUUGAAGUAAAGCUCAAAAUGAAAGGUGAUGAUAGUGAGAAUAUUUCUGCUGAGGAACUCAAAAAGUCAGGUGAAGAUAGUGAAAAAAUUUGUACUGAGGCUGAGGUUGCCAAAUCUGUGCCUGAGAAGCAAUCAGAUGAUAAUUUGGUCCAGGAUAAUGAGCCAAUCUCCAAAGAGUUGGGAAACUUUAUAGGUGAUUCCGUGAAUUCAGAAAACGAAUCGGAGUUAUCUCCUUCCAGACAAUCGACGGAAUUUGAAAAACAAAGGCAAGAGAUAAUAGAACUAUGGGAUGCAUGCAAUGUGCCCCUAGUUCACAGAACAUACUUUUUCCUACUCUUCAAAGGAGAUCCAACUGACUCAGUUUACAUGGAGGUGGAGCUAAGAAGACUUUCCUAUUUGAAGAAUGCAUUCUCUUUAGGAGCUAAAGUUGUGAAAGAUGGUCAAAUUUUCUCACAGGCAGCAAGUUUAAGUGCUUUGAAUCGCGAGAGGGAGAUGCUGAGCAAGCUGCUUCUUAAGAAGUUUCACUCAAAGGAGAGAGACAGCUUAUAUCAAAAAUGGGGCAUUGAUCUAAAAACUAAAAAGAGAAGACUCCAACUGUGCCAUAAGUUAUGGAAAGAUACCAAAGACAUGGAUCACAUUACAGAGAGUGCAGCACUUAUCUCAAAAUUAGUUGGAUUCGAAGCACAGAACGAAGUUCCAAAAGAGAUGUUUGAACUUAACUUCUCACCAGGGCCAAAAAAUCUCAGGUCUUUCAGCUGGAAACCAAGAAAGCCUAUGUGAUCAAAAGCAAAGAUUUUAAGGAUUAUUUGAAGCAUUGUAGUAGCUUCAAGAUGAAUUGACCCCUCAAUUCAUGUACAUUUUAGAAGUUUAACCUCUCUGUAGUAUCUAAAUAUACACAAAAGGUGUCCCAUCUGUAUACUUAAUUAACCCUCCCCCUACUCGUUAUCGAGCUUUAUUAAUGUACAUUAUGUAAAUUCAAUCCACAACCUCGAGAUCUCAAGUUCAGACAGUCAUCCUUGUAUGUAGAUAUAAGUGGAAGAUAUAUAUUGCAGCUUAUAUGUAAAAUAAGGAACUCAAAAUCAUUGGGACAGUAUAGGAGAAUUGUCUUCAAAAGACAUCUUAUCUGCAGUUUUUUGUUUUGGUUGGAAUAUAAACCCACGUAACCUUCUUUUCUC